AGAGUCUGCAGCAGCAUUUAAAUGCUGCGAGGUCCUGCGUAUCAGCAGCAGGCAGAGAAGCCAGGAGAACACAGCUCUUCUGCUGGACUCUAACUGAGCUGCCCCAGGAAAAGUCUCUACCAUGAGAACCACCGUGAUCUUUUUUUGCCUCUUAGGCAUCGCCUUUGCCCUACCUAUUGAGAAGGCAGAUUAUAGUAGCUCCAAGGAAAAUCAGACCUUCCCAAGUAAGUCCAUUGAAAGUGAGGACCACAGCAAAGACGUGGACGAUGAUAAUGACGAUGACCAGGUAAACAGCCACGACUCCAUUGACUCAGAUGAUUCUGAUGACUCCGAUGACGACGACCAAGAUGAUAACUCUGACCAUUCUGAUGAAUCUGAAGAAGCCACCACUAAAGUAUCCACAGACAUUCCAGCAACGCUGGUUUUUACUCCAGCUUCUCCCACAGCUGAUGCAAAUGAUGGCCGAGGUGAUAGUGUGGCUUACGGACUGAGGUCUAAAUCUAGGUUACUGAGUUCUGAGUACUCAGAUAUGACCGAGGACCUCACAUCGCACGUGGAAAGUAACGAAGACACACAUGAGUUGGCCCCCAGCCUGCUGAUGAUGUCUGAUGAGGACAACCACCAAGAAUCAGGAAAAGCCCAAAACAGCCACAACUCCGUGAGCGAAGAGUCCAAAGACACUGACGUCCAGGCAAAGGAUAAGUCACUAAGUUUAGAAGACAUCCUAGAUAAAUUUAUUUCCCCUGAGGGGGAUAGUACAUCAGCCUCAGCAGAGAAGAGACCCUUUUCCCCUAGGAUAGAUAGUGAAUCGGCCGAAAUCAAAACCCUUUCCCUUGAAAUGGAGAGUACAUCAUCUGAGAAUAAAUGAAUACAGUAACCUUUUAUUUCUUACUUUGUUUUUCAGUAAAAAAUAGAAAACAUGUUAUUGUGGGUAUGGGAUGAUUCAGGUAUUUUCUCUCUGAUUACUUAGUAAAUAGUCUGUAUGUGAAUCCAGAAGUAGAUGUUGUUAUCAGUUUCUAAAGUUCCCUGCUUCGGAACAUACCUCGUUAAUUAAAUGCUUUGGGUUUGGUCUAAGUUUUACCCAAAUAACAAGUGAAAACAGUCACUGCAGUUUAAUGUUUGCUGUUUAAUGUUUAUCAAUAGAAAUGUAUGCUGAAGUAAACUAAAUACUUUUACAUACUAAUUAGGAAGGCUAUAAACAUGUGUCACUAUAUUUUGUUUUAAACUACUGUUUAUUUUGUUGUGAUUGUUUUGUGUGAAUAAACCUGGUAUCUCUAAUGUAAUGAAA